CAAACCUUUCCAUUCUUUCUUUCCAUUCUUCAUUGAUUGAAGUUGCCAUUCUUUGCGCUGGUCCGCUUUACCUUCAUUUUAUCCCAACAUGCGUCAAUUCCUCCCUGCCUCUCUCUUCACGGCCUUGUUGUCGGCCUCGCGUGUCGCUGCCCACGGCCAUGUCACCAACAUCGUCAUCAACGGCGUCUCCUACGAAGGCUUCGACAUUGGCAGUUUCCCCUACGAGUCGGACCCCCCGGCUGUCGUCGCCUGGACCACUCCCAACACCGGCAAUGGCUUCAUCUCGGGCGACCAGCUGAGCACCGACGACAUCAUCUGCCACCAGAAUGCCACCAACGCCAAGGGCCACGCCGUCGUCAAGGCCGGCGACCGCGUCAACAUCCAGUGGACGGCCUGGCCCGACUCCCACCACGGCCCGGUCCUCGACUACCUCGCCGACUGCGGUGACAGCUGCGAGACCGUCGACAAGACCGAGCUCAAGUUCUUCAAGAUCGACGGCGUGGGUCUCGUCGACGACUCGGAGGUCCCUGGCACCUGGGGCGACGACCAGCUGAUCAAGAACAACAACAGCUGGAUGGUUGAGAUCCCCAAGUCCAUUGCUCCGGGCAACUACGUCCUCCGCCACGAGCUGGUCGCUCUGCACGGCGCCGAGGAGAAGGGCGGCGCCCAGAACUACCCCCAGUGCUUCAACCUGCAGGUCACUGGCGAUGGCACCGACAAGCCCGAGGGCACUCUCGGCACCAAGCUGUACACCGAGAACGAUCCCGGCCUGUACGUCAACAUCUACUCGUCCAUCUCGUCGUACACUCUCCCCGGUCCCUCGAUGUACUCCGGCGCCACCUCCAUCUCGCAGACCACCUCCGCCAUCACCUCCACCGGCACUGCCGUGACCGGCUCUGCGGCUGCCUCUGCCUCGGCCUCCACCACCGCUGCUGCCCAGCCCACGGCCUCCAGCUCGUCAAAGCCCUCCAUCAUCGUGUCCUCCAUGACCAGCGUGCCCAUCCGCAUCCCCUCUGCGCCCGCCCCCAGCCGCACCCCCGCUAGUUCCGCCCCCGUCUCCUCCUUCGCCACCACCCCCGUUCCCACCCCUGCUGCUCCCUCUUCCUCGGCUGCUGGCGGUGCGCAGUCUGUCUACGGCCAGUGCGGUGGUGUCAACUGGAAGGGCCCCAAGGUCUGCGCUGACGGUGCCAAGUGCAGCUCCAUGAACCCUUACUACUACCAGUGCCACCCCAAGUCUGCUUAGAGCUUCGUGAGGCAGGAGACGUGUAUUAUAGAUAGUUGUUAGUUGGUAUUUCAUAGUGGUUUGAAUGAAUUGUAUUCAGUUUUACAGGUUGAAAGGCAAUGGCAUCUAGUUUGACACAUCAGAAUAUGC